CGAGAGGCAAGGGACGUAAGAAGUCGUCUAAUUCUUGGAUCGAAUUAGACGACUUCUUCGUCCCUCUCUUCAUUAGCACGCUAACUUGUAAUCUGCAGGAUCUAAGCAAAGACUUGAUUCAGUUAUGGACGGAUUGGUAGGCCUCUUGAAAGUUCGUGUGGUCCGGGGUAUCAACCUUGCCUACCGCGACGCAAGAGGCAGCGAUCCGUAUGUCGUCCUACGGCUUGGCAAGAAGAAACUGAAGACAAGCGUGAAGAAGAGAUCCGUGAACCCCAUAUGGCAAGAGGAGCUAACUCUGACCGUCACAGAUCCCAGCCAACCACUGAAGCUGGAGGUGUUCGACAAGGACACCUUCAGCAGAGACGACCCCAUGGGAGACGCGGAGGUGGACGUGGCGCCACUGAUGGAGGCGGUGAGCAUGAACCCGCGGGAGGAGAGUCUGAGGAACGGCGCCAUCAUCAGGUCCGAGCGGCCGAGCGCCAGGAACUGCCUCGCCGACGAGAGCCACGUGUGCUGGAGGAACGGCAAGUUCGCGCAGGACAUGAUCCUCCGGCUCAGGAACGUCGAGAGCGGGGAGAUACAGCUGCAGCUGCAGUGGGUGAACUUCCCUCCUGGUCCUGGUCCUGCUGCUGCAACAACCAGGUGACCUGAUCGAUGGUAGCUGCUGUUCCUGUCGCCAUUGCCUCCUGCUGGCAGGAACAGGAACUCUCUGAAGCACGGGGUCAGGGUAGUUCAUGUUGCUUCGAUUCGAUCGUAGGGGAGAUAAUGCCGGAUGGCGCUGCUCAUGCUUUGUAAAGUUUGGGAGGACAUGCAUCAUAAUUGAAGUCAAGUGAUAGGAUCCUGUUUUUUAAGUAC